CAAAAUCGAACAUGGCGUCAUUUGCAGUAGCUGUUGUGUCGAAGGAGCACGAUACUCUGUGAGAGUAGCGAUUCUAGGAUAGUAUAGGUAUACCUGUCGUUUUCGGCUAAUUCGCUGCCACUAACAAAGUCUUCAUAAAAACACGGGCGAUGGCGGAUGCAACGGAUUCACCCGCCAUUUCUACGAGUCAACGGACGAUGUCGAGGCUGCUACGACAGCGAGCCCAAGAAUUCCUCGCUUCGAGGAAGCACGCGAACAAUUUGGUGGAUAUAAUGGAUCAAUGGGACGAAUUCACUAUUCAGUGUCUACUUACGAUAGAGACAAUAUUUACGGAGGUGCUGAGGCGCGGUGACAUGUAUCUAGAGCCUACGAUAACUCUUGCUAUCUCUGAACCCAGUCCUGAAUCACGCUAUACCAGCUGGCUGAGGAGUUGCUACGAGGAAGUAUGGAAAAAGAUACUCACAUCUAUGGAAAACUGCCGGAUGACCACACAACUGCAAGCUCUCACUACUGCGAUCAAGUUGAUGGCAGAGGAGGGUAAGGCUCCACUGGAGCCAAGUGACAAUCUAGGCUAUCACUUUCCCCUUCUUCGUCUGAAACCCAUCCUCAUGACAUUGCUUUCACCUGAGAAAGACAAUACUAACUUAAUAGCAAGAUUCCAAGAAAUCACUAGUUACCCUGAUGCUUUGUAUUAUAUAUGGAGGUGUCUUCCCUCUCUCACUCCGAAGAGGCAGCCACAGGAAAUUUAUAUUAAGAAUCUUUUGGAACUUAUAAAUAAAAUAUCACUGCCAAAGGAUGGAGAAGAAUCCAAAAUAUCGGACAAUAAAGAACUUCUGUGCGGACCGCAAGGCGUCGCAUUCACGUGGGAUCAGUCGACGGUUAGACGCGCGCUGAACAAAGUCUGGGCCUGCGUCAUGCACUGGGAACUGACGCCGCAACUGCAUAAACAGCUACUGCUAGUCUUAUUAGAACGGGUGAUGCCGCAUUUAGAAAAGCCCGUGCUGCUAUGCGAUUUCCUGAUGGACUCCUUGGACUCAGACGGGCCUAUCGGCUUGCUCGCGCUGCAUGGUGUAUUCAUAUUGGUCACCAAGCACAACUUAGAAUAUCCGAACAUCUUCACCAAGCUGUACUCGAUGUUCGAGCCCGAGAUUUUCCACACGAAGUAUAAGGCUCGUUUGUUCUACUUGUCAGACUUGUUUCUCAGCUCGACGCAUCUUCCGGAGUCAUUGGUGGCGGCGUUCGCGAAGCGACUUGCGCGUCUGACGUUGGUCGCGCCGCCAGAGGACAUCCUGAUAAUCCUGCUGUUCGUGGGCAAUCUGCUGCUGCGGCACCCGGGUCUCAAACGACUGAUCGACCAUCCGCAAGGCGAGGGUGAGAUCGUCUCAGAUGCGUGUACCGGCGCAGGCGAUCCCUUCCUCAUGGAGGAGCGCGACCCGUUGCUCAGCAACGCGAUGCUCAGCAGUCUCUGGGAGAUCCGAGCGCUGCAGUGGCACAUCCUGCCCAGCAUCGCCAGUGCGGCGCGCUUUAUUCAUGAGCCAUUACCUUCCGUCGAGUACGAUAUGGCUUCGGCGUUGGAACGCACUGGCGGCCACUUGUUCGAUCGCGAGCUGAGAAACAAGAUCAAGGAUAUCAUGCUGACGUUCGAGAGGCCGAAUUGUAUGGCGCUGCCGAAAGGUGAGAAGCUGCUGCAAUAUUGGCAGCUCACGAGUACGCAUUGAUCCGGAUCGCCGGGAGUGCAAUAAAACGUCGCCAGGACAGUGAGGAAUUCUUUGUUACCGGCAAAAGUUCAAUGAGAAAGAGGGAAAAGGACAACGACGUUCGCCACGAUCGAGGGACGAAGGAGAAAAACUCUUGCGUUUUAUACUGCAUAUCCAAGACGAGGGACGUAUGGCAACGCGCACACGUCUGUCAUAUUCGGCGUUGAGCAUUUACAGAGGUGUGCUCAGACAACAAAGGUUGCACAUGAUUCUAACCACUUCAUUCUCGCGCAGAAUAUCAAAUGGAAUAUUAGACACAAUAAAAAGCAACUAGCACUUGCCUAUUUUAUUGAUAUUUUAUUUGAGUUAUAUGCGGAGCAACGUGGCUAAGAUAUUCCGCGUCACGUAGAUGCGCAACGCCGACACCUUCAAAUCAUCUUGAACUCUUUCGCUGCGCGCUGAAGCUUGGCCGGGUCGGGAAACUUUGUCGCGCUUGGCGCUAAGUUUCCGCAUUGCAUUGACUUGGACGAAGAAGAAGUAAGAAGACAAGAUUUGUCCUUUCUCUUCUUUGUUUCUUCUUUUCUUCUUCCUGUUUCAAAGACAUCGCGCAUGAAGUUUAUGUGUACCGACAUAAAUGGAAGACAUCGGAAACGAAAGCAUCUUCGGAGCUCGAUUGCAUAAACGUCGAUUAAUCGUCGAGUAAUCAGUUGGCCUUCUCUACAUGAGAAGUGUACACAGAUACGAAUUUUCACGUCUACAUCUGUAUCUAUUUUUAUGUCGGUGUGGAUAAUUAGUAAAAACAAAAUGCUAGAUAUUCAUCACUGUUACCAAUUCCUAACGUUUUCAUGUGUUCGUCUUUUUUUCUUUUUUUAAUUUAGGAUGUAAACGUUUUUAGUGUAACCAUACAAUCAAAUAUGGAUGUAAAUACAAACUAAGAAUGCUAUAUCAAACUUUCCGCCAUGACAGUGAUUGUUCAUUCAAUUGUUAUGUCUUUUGAACGCAGCUUUUUCUUUCAACGAUUAUACCUAAUGAUGACGAUGAAGAAACAUAUAUGCGUGUUUGCACUGAUGCUUUUUAAUCGAGACUUGCGAAGCUUGAAAUAAACUAUCUGCCAUAUGUGA